AGGAGUAACUGUGAAAAAAUACACCAUAUAAAAAAUGCAUUCUAUAAAAUUACUUACGUGGAUAUUAGCAUUAUACAUAACAUUUAUUAUUGGUGCAAAAGAACUUACAUUUACCAAAGAGGAUUGUCUCAAUUGUUGUUUAAAUGUAGUUGAUGACACUGGUUUUAAGCAAUUUGAAUGUAAUGGUUCGUGCGUUCGAAAGUAUUCAAAACCUCGUAAGUAUAGAGGUAUAGACCACUGUAUUCAAGGAUGCAGAGCUAUUAUACCAGAAUGCAGAAAUGGUUGCAAUCUUGCGUGUAACAACAUGUUUUUACGCAAAGUAUACGAUCCGAAAGAAAGAAAAGUAGUGAAUCCAUUAGGAGUAAAGCACUAAUGACAUUAACAAAUUUGAUUGGAUAUAAACAUGAUUAUAUAAGAAAUAAUUUUAAAAUACAGGUGUUCUGAAAA